AUGGCAAGCUUCUCGCACUCGUGCGCACUGCAUCCGAUUUACGGUGCACGACUCGGACAGUGGUGCUGUCGUCGUAAACGUGGUCAAUCCAGGCAUUCUAGCAGUGGCCUGGUCGCCACUUGGCUCGCACUUGUUGACAUUGCAGCGGCCCCAGAAAUCUCGGACCUCGGUAACCUCGUUGUGUGGGACGCGCUCACAUGCAAAGAAGUCGCACGGUUCAAGCAAAAGUCCUAUACACGUGAUAAAUGGUCGCCGCUUCAGUGGUCGUCUGAUGAGACAGUCUGUGCGCGUCAGAGUGCAAACAGUGUGAUGCUGUACAGCGGUCGCGACGUCGCAGCGGGACCGAUCGGUCCAAUCAACCUCCCCAACGUGGCGAACUCCAGUGUUGCUCCUGGCUCCUGGCCGAGAUCCAUACAAGCAACGAAGAGCUUUUACAAGGCACAGGACGUGACAUUCAAGUGGUCUCCCACAGGCAGUGCACUGAUCAUUGAAACUCGCACGGACAUUGAUACGUCAGGCAAGUCGUACUACUGUGAAACAGGUCUCUUUUUCCUGCAGAGCGACGGCGAGUAUGACUGCAUUGUCCUGCUAACGAAAGAAGGCACAGUGCACGAUGUGGCGUGGGACCCGACGGGCCGCGGGUUUGUGGUGAUCGCGGGUGCAAUGCCUGCGAAUGCCACGCUUUACGACAGCAAGGCGAUCCCAGUCUUUGAGUUUGCUGCAGCGCCCCGGAAUCACGUCAGCUGGAACCCGCACGGUCGCUUCUUGUGUCUGGCUGGCUUUGGAAAUCUUCGUGGUGACAUGGACUUUUUGGAGCGCAACAAGGUCAAAAAGAUGGGCUCUGCAACGUUAAACUCCGCGACGACAUUCGCGUGGUCGCCGGACAGCCGCUACUUUGCAGUGGCGACUACGUUCCCGCGUCUGCGUGUCGACAACGGCUAUAAAAUUUUCCGCUAA